GUGCUACAAAACGGGCGGAGCUGAUAGGCUGGGAGGCGAGGUGACGUCAUCUGGGAAGCAGUUGGUCUUCCAGCCUGGGACCCAGGGAGUAAAUCUGCCAAGUUGGCCCACUAUCGAGAGCUUUUUACCACACAGUAACAGCCGGUGGUAGGUUUUUAGUUUAUUGUUUGUUUAUAACUCUAGAAAUAGUAGCUGCACAAUGUCGAAUUUCAUGCCGGGACAGCCGUUGGUUGCAGUUGUGCAACGGAUUGAGAUCAAGAAGCUACGUCAGGGAGAGAAUCUGAUCCUGGGCUUCAGCAUCGGAGGAGGGAUAGACCAGGACCCCGGACAGAACCCCUUUUCUGACGACAAGGCUGACAAAGGGAUCUACGUGACCAGGAUAACACCGGGAGGACCAGCAGAUGCGGCCAACCUGAGGAUGGGAGACAAAAUAAUGCAGGUGAACGGCUACGAUAUGACCAUGAUGACCCACGACCAGGCGCGUAAGAGACUCACGCAGAAGAAAGAGGACGUAGUGCGGCUACUGGUGACCAGGAAGUCUCUAGAGGAAGCCGUCAAAACAUCAAUGGGGGGUUGUUACCCCCGACAGUAAUGUAGAGACACCGCCUGCAAACACAGACUCAUGCAAUACUCUCAGGUGACGUCACCGUGGCCUUUCUAACUGUGUCAAUGCAAAGCGUUAAGUAUCUGGGUCUUCACAGGACUGUCGUUGGACAAUAAGAUGGUGCUCUUUGUGUCCACACACACUCGUACUCAUCUUAUCUGCUUUACCUUUCGUAUAUCUUUGUACCAUAUCGUCUGAAAUAAGGAGCAACCCCAGAAAAUCUGAUUAACAGGGCACAAACAAAUGAAAUCCAAAUCAUUCAGUAAAAUGUUCCUUUUUUCCUUCUUUUUUAAAAUGGUUUCUGUAUAAAAACAUAUACUGAUCAAAUGUACUUUACUUAGAGUUAGUCUGUUCUGAUUUUUGAACAAAAAGGAGCUUAAAUGUGUUUGUUUUUCUAACGUAAUGCUUCCAUAUCUCUCUUUCUGAUCUCCAACACCUUUAACUCAUUCCCACACUGGAGCUGUUUGCUUGACGAGUCAUUUGGGAGCAAUCUUACUCUUUGAUCCUAUUCACCAACAGCUGAUCAAAUGUUGUGUGUCAUUUAAUCAUCAGCCUUUCAUCUCAUUAAAAAGAAAACAGUCUUUUAAUUACGUUCAACGCGACAGCAUUAAUGCCAAAGUUAAAGCCAAGGCACUGUGAAGCGAUCAAAGCCGUUUUUGUCAUUUGUUUCUAACGGUACAGUUUUCUGUACAACAAAUCAUAUUCCAGUAUGCAGCAUGUAUUCACGCAUACUGAUGUCUUUUCCAUAACUUCUUUGUGUUUUAUUCAUCUUGCUUUGUGUUCACGCGUGUUAAAGUCAUCAUCUUUUUUUCUGCAUUUGCUAAAAUAAUGCCGUUAAAAAUGCUCAUUUAGUCACACGAAUCUCAGACUCGCAUUCCAGCAGCAGGACCGACUUUAGCGUAACAUCUGUCAUUUAAUUUUCAAUAUAUCACCAUAAAUCCUCCCCUUGAUACAAGCACACCUGCUAGUUUCACACUGGAAUCAGCUACGUUCAGAAAACUGUCUCGAAGUCGUUCAUUGUCAAUGAUGCAACUGUGAACCUGAACACAGCAGCGGUGAAUGUUGUUUGAUAACUGGGAAAGUGCACAGCAGCCUUAUUGGAAUACCUAAUACCACUAAGGGUAAUCGUAUUACCCAUUUGUUUUCCACAUCGAUGUCCUGCUUUUUAUAUACACUUCAUCACAACAUUUACAACACUAAUCUUAUAUCCUUGGGUGAUCCUAUUGGCUCUUUGUGUUCUUAUACUAGUGCUAUAUAAUAUACAUUUGUCUGUUUACUACCAUCGUGUGAUUUGUAUGAAAUAUAUAACCUGAUCUAAUUAUCAAGUGUUUAAUUCUCAAAGUGAUAUAUCCACUCUUCAGCAGGAAAGGUAUCAUCAUACCAAUGACCAUAAUGAAUGUUAAAGUUUAAGUCCGUCACAAAUCUGUGUCAUGAUGUAGUACAAAAGGUCCAAAUAUUGAAUUGGUGUUAUGCUUUUACAACUUAAAAAAUACCCUCUGCAAUACCUCUCGAGUUUCUUUAACAAUGCACCUGCUUUGAAAUAUCAUCUCUGCCAAAUUCCCCCUGACUGUCCCCAAACCUUUUUGAUAUAAAAAUAAAAACCUAUAUAAAUAA